AUUGAUGCCACAUUGGACAAUUUUGAAAGUUCUUGCUAGUUUGGCAAUGUAGCAACCAUAGAUAACUACCUGCUCGCAACUUGUAGCGGUUAAACAAGCGAUAUAGGAAUAUUUAUGAUUGGCCGAGAUGCUUACAUGUGAACCAAUAGCUGGACAAGUGUGAUAAUCUGUGAACUCAUUUUGAAAUCACAGUUUUAGUGUAAUUAUUACGUGGUAUGUUUGGUAUGGAGAGAUUAGGAUUGUACUGGUGAUUCAAACAUGUUUAUCUCGGAUGUUGUAGGAAGCAGUAAAGAAGAAUUGCACAAUGUAAUUGUAUAUGAUUUACGACAUAUAGGAGUGAAGCAUAGAAUUAAAAAGUCGGCCUGUAAGAAUUCACAGCAUCUUAAACACGGCAGUACAGACACGAAGGUAUUUAAGGUGCCACUUCAUCACCUUGUCCAUGAAGUUGUAUUCCUAAAUUUUGGAACAGCUAUUGAAGUCCCAUGUUUUGUUGCAAGGGCCUGUUCAUAUAUAAAACAGCACAUACAGACUGAAGGAAUUUUUCGAAAAGCAGGCUCAACUUCUCGACAGAGAGAAUUGAAGGCAUCCGUGGAAUGUGGCAAGAUGUUUGGGCCUGAACACCAUGUAAUUGAUGUAGCAAACAUUUUGAAAAAGUUUUUUAGGGAGCUACCUGAGCCACUUAUACCACAUGCAUACCAUGAAGUACUGCUGAGAUGUUUGCUGUUAAAGGAUAAUAAAACAGAAGGAAUACUUUUAACAUGUCUGCUGAUACCAACUGUACACAUAAACACACUAGCAUAUUUGAUGCAGUUCCUCCAAGAGGUGGCAUCUCAUUCUGACACAAACAAGAUGGAUGUGACAAAUUUGGCACUCAUAAUUGCUCCUUCAGUUAUGCCUGUAGAAGAGAAGAUAGUUGUCUAUGGCACAUCAAGGCUCAGUCAUCACGUAGAAGUUGUUGAACUGCUGAUAAGUAAUGCUGAUAAAAUUGGAAAUCUUCCGGAGAGUAUACGUGAAAGAUUGGCAGCAAACAACUCUGUCCCUUCCUUGUCCAAUGAUGAGCAAGAUGGUGAUUCAUCCAGGCAGAACAAGAAAAAGAAGAAAAGGAGAAGUGGAUCAAUAACACGUAUGUUGAAUGGAUUGAAGAAAAUGGUUGGAAAGGGAACUCCAGAAGUAGAUGAGGGUCACCUUAUUACAUCCACACCUGAUUUUUCAACACCCUAUGUUAAAUCAAGCAAGAAACGGAAAGCCGCUGAAGUAACUAGUGCAUUUUCAAGCAAGAAGAGGCAGGAUGUUUUGCAAAUGCUCCCCCAGAGUGUAGCACUAGCCAACAUUCCUUAUACUCCUUCUAGAUCCAUGGCACAUGACUUGUAUGUUUCGUCUCCGGUUUGUUCACAUCCAAACCCCAGCAGGAAAGUAAAGAGUCCACAGUCAGUGAAACAGCGGCACAGAAGAUUCUUCACACCAAAGUUACAUACUGAAAGUGUUAUAAAGAAGAUUAAUGGUAAAGACACAUACGACAGCUGUAAGAAGACUCGACUAAGUGUUGGAAGUUGGUCUGGGAAGAAGCAAAAACCUGAGGAAUUGGCUGUUGUGUGUAAUCCAUUUGGUUCAGACAUAACCUGCCAUUCGGAUCAUGCAAGUCGAGGAAGUUCUCUGGAGCGAAGCUGGACUGCAGGCCCCUGGGCCAGAAAGAAACUUUUAAAUCUAUCAGAUAUACCAAUGUUUUCACCCUCAAUUGGGUCUGGUGUUGACAUCACUAGUGAUGGGGAACUGGCCCAAGUAGAAAACCGAUGUGUUCCAGUCAUUCAGGACGCACAAGUCAAUCUGUGCGAUAAUCCUAUUCAUGUAUUACAACCAGAUCGUCAUGAGACAGAAUUUGUUCGUAUUCCAAAGAGUGAAUAUGAAGCGAUUAAGAACAUAGUAUCUGUUAUUGAGAACAGAAUAUUACAAGAGUUUGGAAACAUGAGCUCUGCCAGUGACACUGACUCAAGUGCAUGCCCUCUAAAUGUACCAUCUAGCACUGAAGCCAGUAAUAACACAGAAUUGGUUCAGACUGCAUAUGAAAGAACUUUAGUUGAAUCUGAGAAAUUAGGCGACGCUUCAGCAGAUCACCUUGCCAGGCGACUGAGCAGGGAACUAAGGAUUCAUCGGAGCCUAGAGAAUAAAGUUAUAAGAUCACCGAGUGCACGAAAAAUUGGCACCAUCAGGCGUAGGUCAAAAAAAAAUGCAAAACCUGUCUUCAGAAAAUCAUCAGAAAAUAAUGGGUUAGGAAGAAACAUGUCAUGGCACUUAGCUGUAAUACCCAGCUGUACUGAGAUCAACCAGUUGUGCCCACGCACUAAUUUAAAGAGGGGCAGGCCCAAUACAGUAUUCACAGGCUUGCCCCAACCAAGUCCAAGAAAUGCUGUCAGCACUGAGCACAAAAGAAUAGCUUGCAAAUCUCAGCAUGACCAACCUUCUGAGGGUGGAAUUGAAGAGAUAUUGCAAAAGUACCAGUCCUGUCUAUUGGAUGAUGAGAUGAUGAAUAUGAUGGAUUUGACUCAGUAUCUUGAUGUGUGUAGAAAAGUAGUUGGUCCCAUGACAAGAAGUAAAGCUCGGAGGGCUUCCUCCUUCCAUGGUUCUGAAUGGGCGUUCAGAAAUCAGAGCUUUAGAAGUGAACAUUUUACAGAUGUUAUGAAAUCCAACAGUGAUGGUAACAUUGCUCAAACCACAAUUCACAGCUCACUCGGCCCAAAAGUAAAUGCUGAUAUUGUUGAUAGAAGAAAACAACAGGAAGAUGGUGAAUGGAAAACAGCAGACGUCUUCUUCAGUGGUGACCAAAACAUCAAGGAAGAAGUGCCUGUUACAGGCAGAGCUUCUGUAGCAAAAUUAAGGAUCGAGAAUGCAGGAAUGGUUUUGGAAAGAAUGAAGUUAUUUGAUGCAAAAGCAAAUUGCAGUUUAGGAUAUCAUGAGAAAGAGAAAUCUAUGACUGAUUCUAAAACAAAACGACUUGUAAAUAUUCCGAGUGUGUUUGGAUGUAAUGCAAAUGCUACUCGAUCUGUAGGAAUCCAAUAUUCCGGAAAUAUUCCUACCAAGAAACAUAGCGUCUCUAGAUCAAGUCAUAGCAAGUCAGUUCAAAGGAUUCAUUCCUCAUUAGUAGCAAAGUCUGGCGUAAGUGAUUUGGAAGAUUCUUUUAAAGAUAGCCCGAAGAAGAUGGGCACACCUAGACGGAGGCAUGGAAUGAAAAGUCCAAAUGGUUCUCACCAAAAACAAAAGUUGAAAGUAAGGAAGUCACCAUCCAAGGCAGAUCCAAUAUCCAUAGGAAGUCCAGCCGCAACAAUUCGUAGAAAGCAUAACAGCAUGAAGCUGACACGUGACAGAGUUUGUACAAAUGUUAAAGCAAAUCUUACCGUUCCGAUUAAGUGGUUAAGUACAGAGAAGGAGAAUGUUCUGUUCCCUUGUGAUAAUACAUACAUACAGCCAAAUAUGGGAUCUCAGAGUGGCAAGGAUGUAAAGGAAGACUCUCAACUUACAUUCGCUCAAGCCAAUAUGCCUAAUACAUUGAAAGAAGUGUGUUCUCCUGCAGUGUGUAAGACAUCCUUCUCUCCUCUGAAAGACUGCAACAGGAUUGAAGUUAAUAGUCAAAUUCCACAUUGCACCAUUAAAGAUCCAUCUGUGGUGACUUGCUCAGGGUGUAGAACCCCGAGGGAGACGCCAUAUAUUAAGAAAGCUUUACUCACCAAGUCCCCAAGUCAGUUCUGCAGGACACCAAAGGGCAGUCUCCUUUCCACUGACAGAAGUGGUUGUCAUCACCAAACCCCAAUGAAAGCUGUGGCCGAUUUUGGCUGUGGAACUACUGUUGCAUCUCCCAGAAGACACAGUCCCAGACUCUUGGGUAUCAAAUCACGAAAUCUCUCAUAGAUCUAACGUAAGCAGUGAAAAGUAAAUUUCUUCAUGUGCCAAAUAAUGCUACGAUUUCUUUAUAUCAAGUGUCAAUUUAUAGAACUUUCUAUCAUUAUGACUAGUAUAAUUCAGUGGAAUGUAAUUUAUAUACGGAAACUAUUUGAUGUCUUAUAGUCUGUAUGCAGUUAGCAAGAGUUUCAUCUUUGAUCAUAACACAGGGUAGUUUGCUAGUUUUGUGUUAUUGAAAAAAUUAUUUUUAAUUAUUGAGGCCUAAUUUUUAAUAGGAAUUUUUUAAAUCAGGACAGGGGUUUAUCUUGUGAGUUGGGAUGGGAAUUGUCAUGUGCAUGUUUUUGUAAAGAAAUAUUGUACACAAGCAGAAACAAAUUUAAGAAAUUUUCUAUUUUGGUUUCUUCAGCAAAUGGAUGGGUUUCUUAGUGUCUUUUAUCUUUACAAGCAAAUGUUCAGGUCACAUUAAAUAAAAAGAGUACUUUUUGAUGUGUCUUAUUUCUUCUAAAAUGUGUCCACAUGAAUUUGAUUUCUACAAAUGACGUAACCGGUAGUACUAUGUUAAUGUAAUGAAGUAAUUGGUUUGCAUUUUUGUACAAAACUAGUUGACAGAUUUCUUACUUAGCAGUUUAUUGUAUCUUGAUGCGUACAACUUACUGCGUUAUGAAGAGUAAAUAUUUUGUUCUCUGUGUGGUACAAUGUAUAUGCAUGGGUAUAUCCCAUCUCUGCUUUUAAUAUGGAUGGCAUUAAUCUUUUUAGUAAUAAUUAUAAUUUGAUCCUGAAGAAAUUAAAAAUCUCAUGAGGUAAACUGUCUUAAAAAUAAUGUACUUUGAUAUCUUUGUAUGCUAACUGCUAGUACAUAUAUAUUUUUCCAUCUCUUGACUGUAUCGUUCGGGAUCUCAACAUGAAAUGUGAUAAAAUCCUGGCCUAAUUCUGCAUUAUUUGUACUUAUUGGUCAAGUUAUAUUUUGUGCAAUUUUGAAUUAAACUGUUCUAGAGACUGUAACAAAGUGGAUUCAUGUAAAAAAAAAGUUUGUUUGUAUGACACUAUUUUAUGACUCUGUAUUCAAUAAAACAAUGUUUAUAUCAUU